GUGAGGAACUACCGUCGUACUAGAUCGUUUGACAAUUGUUUAAAAGAGUCUAGUACUGUUCAUUCAUUGUUUACGUUCUUUCACAUUCCAAUUGAUAGAGUUUCAACGAUUUGAAACGAUUGAUUCAUUUUUGUUGGCUUCAAAGGAGUUGUGUGAAAGAAUCAUUCAAAAUUUUCAUUAUUGAACAAAUCGAAUAAAUUCAUACGUUUUAAUUCCAUUUCGAAUAUGCCACGUAUCAUGAUGAAAGGUGGUAUUUGGCGGAAUAUUGAAGAUGAAAUAUUGAAGGCAGCCGUUAUGAAAUAUGGAAAAACUCAAUGGUCCCGCGUAUCAUCACUGUUACAUAGGAAAUCUGCUGAACAAUGCAAAGCACGUUGGCAUGAGUGGCUGGAUCCAAGUGUUAAGAAAACUGAAUGGUCAAGAGACGAAGAUGAACGACUACUUCACUUGGCCAAAUUAAUGCCAACGCAGUGGCGAACUAUUGCACCGAUGAUCGGCAGAACUGCCGCUCAAUGUUUGGACCGAUAUGAAUACUUGUUGGAUAUGGCUCAAAAGAAGGAUGAAGUCGAAGAUAAUCCACUAAAAUUGAAACCGGGUGUAAUCGAUCCAAAUCCAGAGACUAAACCGGCAAGGUAUGAUGCAAAAGAUAUGGAUGGAGAUGAGUUAGAGAUGUUAUCUGAAGCAAGAGCACGCUUAGCGAAUACACAAGGCAAAAAGAUCAAACGAAAAUCACGAGAAAAACUUUUGGACGAGGCCAAACGUUUGGCCAAGUUACAGAAGAUGCGAGAAUUACGUGCGGCUGGCAUGGGUGGUGAUGGUGAUCGUCGCAAAACCAAAGGCUUGGACUGUAAUGCUGAGAUACCAUUUGAAAAAUCACCUGCUCCCGGAUUCUACGAUACUUCUGAAGAGCAUAUUAGAAGGAAUCCAUUCAAUUUCCACAAAAUCCGUCAACAAGAUCUAGACGGCGAGCUACGUACCGAAAGAGAAAAGGAUGAACGAGCAAAAAAUAAAGCGAAAUUACAGAAGAAAAAUGAUAUGACCAGGCUACCUAACAAUUUUUCGGAAUCAGCUAAAAAACGUUCGUGUUUGCCGCGUUCGAAACUAAUUUUGCCCGAGCCACAAAUAUCCGAUCAAGAUAUGCAGCAAGUCAUUAAACUGGGAAAAGUGACUGAUAUGGCCAGAGAAGUAGCCUUGGAAUGUGACAUUGAAACGACUCAUGCUCUGCUGAGUGAGUAUGGCAUUACUCGGCAAGUAACAUCAACAACUCGUCCACCAGCAACGAUGAAUGAUCGAGUCAUGCAAGAAGCACAAACCAUUGUUGCAUUAACACAUGUUGAUACUCCAUUGAUGGGCGGAGAAAAUACUCCAUUGCAAUAUACCGAUUUUCCAUCCGACAAAAAAAAAUACAAAAAAAAUCAGGUUCACAAUCCGUUGCUAAGACGAGAUCAAUUGAACAUAAAUAACGACCAAUUUGAUUGCAAAUCGGCAAUAGUAACGAGGAGAUAUGAGAAGAAAGUAAGAGAAUCACUUCGUGAAAAACUUUUGUCUUUGCCCCUUCCGCGAAAUGACUAUGAAAUCAUUGUGCCCGAAGAAAAUAUGGAUGAAGACACAAAUUAGUGCUAUGGAAACUGUUUGAAAUGCAGUGGUCAAUUCAAUAUCGAAAGAUACAAAUUCAAUUAGCUUUAAAGAAGAAUAAUUACAUGACCUCUACCAAAAAAAAAUUAUCAUGUUUUUUUUUCUAAAAUAGUUCUCGAUUAGUUUGACGACAAUAGAAUUAGAAAAAAAUGCAUUUACAAUUUAAAAAUUGAAAAUUUAUUCUGAUAACCGCCCAAUCAUUCAUUGACCGACCAUAUAAGUUCUUUAGACAUAAAAUAUGUUCAAUAAAAAUGAAAGAAGAAAUAAAUUUCGUUAAUAUUUUUUUUUUCGGACAAAUCCAAUUCAAUUUAUCAAUAUUUCAAUUAUACAGACGACAAUGGCGAAAAAAAGAAACAGUUUUGUAAAUAGUAAAAAAAAGAUUUAUGAAUCAAUUGUUCUCCUCAAGAAGAAUAAAAAGUAAAUUUCAUUUAGAAUAAAA